ACUGUAACAAGUGGAGUUGAGAUGAUAAUGGAUAGUACUACUAUCUUCUCCCUCUCCUCCACCGCACACUACUCUCCAACUCCGCCACCCUUCACCACCUCCAUUCUCACCGGAAAACACCACCCCACCGCCACUUCCACUUCCAUUCUCUCCCUCAAGUCCUCCUCUAACGACUCUUCAGAUAAACCCACCACCUCGCACUCCUCCACCAGCCUCCGCCGUCCCACAACCAACAACAACAAAUCCCUUAACACCCCUCUUUCUCAGAAUCUUGAAUUUACUAAAAACCCCUUAAAACUUCUACUUAAUUCUCCUCCUGCCACUUCACCGCCCCCACCAUCCCUCUCUAACAAACUUUGGUUAUCCAAUAAACUCUCACCACCCCCACCCCCACCACCUCCGCCGCCGUUAGCACCUAAUGAGAGUGAUUUGGACUAUUCAGAUGAUGAGGAAAUGCAAAAAAGUAGUGAAUUUAGAGAAAAAGGUAAAAUCUUUAUAGGGAAUUUACCAUUAUGGGUUAAAAAGAAGGAACUUGAAGAGUUCUUUAGGCAAUUUGGGCCAAUAAAGAGUGUGAUUUUAAUAAAGGGUCAUCAUGAAACAGAAAUGAAUAAGGGAUUUGGGUUUGUGAUAUAUGGGGGCCUGAGCUCAACUGCUGAAAAGGCGGCAAUGAAGGCUGUGGAGUUUGAUGGGGUUGAGUUUCAUGGAAGGGUUUUGACUGUUAAACUGGAUGAUGGGAGGAGAAUGAAGGCGAAAACCGAGGAAAGGAAGAGGUGGGUGGAAGGGGAAGAUGAUAUGGAGUAUAGGUCCAAGUGGCAUGAGGAGAGGGAAGGGUCAAGGAGGGAUUUGAGGAAAGUUCUAGAUACAGAGCCAGAGAAUUGGCAGGCCGUGGUGCGUGCUUUCGAGAGAAUCAAGAAGCCAUCCAGGAAAGAGUUUGGUUUAAUGGUGAACUAUUAUGGAAGGCGUGGUGACAUGCAUCGUGCACGUGAAACCUUUGAAAAGAUGCGUGCUCGAGGUAUAGAGCCAACGGUUCAUGUAUAUACCAACCUCAUCCAUGCCUAUGCGGUAGCUAGAGAAAUGGAAGAAGCACUAUCUUGUGUAAGGAGAAUGAAAGAUGAAGGAAUUGAAAUGAGUUUGGUGACUUACAGUAUCCUUGUUGAUGGAUUCGCGAAACAGGGCAAUAUAGAAGCUGCAGAGCGAUGGUUUAAGGAGGCUAAAGAGAGGCAUCCAACUUUAAAUGCCAUUAUAUAUGGAAGCAUCAUCUAUGCUAAUUGCCAAACAAGCAAUAUGGACCGAGCUGAAGAGCUGGUUAGGGAGAUGGAAGAAGAGGGUAUUGAUGCUCCAAUUGAUAUAUAUCAUAUCAUGAUGGAUGGUUAUACUUCGGCAGGGAAUGAGGAUAAAUGUCUCGUUGUAUUUGAUAGACUUAAAGAGUGUGGAAUUGCUCCUUCAGUUGUCAGUUACGGAUGUUUAAUGAAUCUCUAUAUCAAGAUGGGCAAAGUCUCCAAAGCUUUUGAGGUCAGUGAAAUGAUGAAGCUAGCUGGCAUAAAGCAUAACAUGAAGACAUAUUCCAUGUUGAUCAACGGCUUUAUUUAUUUGAAAGAUUGGGCAAAUGCUUUUGCAAUUUUUGAGGAUGUAAUAAGAGAUGGUUUGAAGCCAGAUGUGGUGCUUUAUAAUAACAUUAUCAGAGCAUUUUGUGGCAUGGGUAACAUGGACCGUGCUUUACGUAUUGUUGAGCAAAUGAAAAAGGAGAGGCAUAGACCUACCUCGCGGACUUUUAUGCCGAUUAUACAUGCCUUUGCUAAAGCUGGAGCAAUAAGAAAGGCACUUGACGUUUUUGAUAUGAUGAGAAGGAGUGGGUGCAUCCCAACUGUUCAGACUUAUAAUGCAUUAAUCCUUGGCCUUGUUGAGAAGCGUCAGAUGGGCUCGAAGAGGUGAUGUUUGGGAGGCUGCUGAUUUGAUGCAACAAAUGAGGCAAGAAGGGGUUCAACCUGACAUCCAUACCUAUACUUCUUUCGUAAAUGCUUGUUGUAAAGCUGGAGACAUGCAGAAAGCAAUGAACACAAUUCAAGAGAUGAAAAGGGUUGGGGUUAAACCCAAUGUUAAAACCUAUACCACUCUCAUACACGGUUGGGCACGGGCUUCGCUUCCAGAAAAGGCUUUAAAAUGCUUUGAAGAGAUGAAGAAAUCUGGUUUGAAGCCGGACAAAGCCGUAUAUCAUUGUUUAAUGACAUCACUGUUGUCAAGAGCCACAGUUGCUGAAGAUUACAUAAUAACAGGGAUCCACCGCGUUUGUGAAGAGAUGGUGGAAUCUGGAUUGACUGUUGAUAUGGGAACUGCAGUUCAUUGGUCCAGAUGCUUGCGGAAGAUUGAGAGAACCGGAGGUGAUAUAACAGAAGCUCUUCAGAAGACCUUCCCUCCUGAUUGGAAUUCCCACAGAAAUCUUAAUGCAGCUUCAUAUGAUACCGGGAAUAACGAAGGGUUAAACGAUAGUGAUCACGACGAUGGUCCUUUGUAUGAGAUUGACAGUGACAGCGACGGUGACGAUGAUACAAAUGCCCCCACGAUGUAAUCAGAAGGUAGCUUGAUGAAAUUCAAUUAGCACUCCAAUCGGUUUAUAUGUAUUAGGUUGGGCUAUUUGUGUAGAAAAUACAGAAAAGAGGUCUCAGAUGUAAAUGGAAUUUUGACACUAGUUGGGUCCUGUGUUAUAAAAAGCCGUUGCUUCAUCGCCUAAGGUGAAGAAUGCAUGCGAGGGGAGGGGUUAUCGCUUCAUAGGUGAAGCCGUGUGCUAAAGUUUGAGCCAGAUGAAAAACUGUCUUCGUUGAAUCUCAACUUAGAGGAGUUGGAUUAAUAUCGGCAUUGUUGUAUAUUAGAUGAUGAAAUCAGUUAUUUAAAAUUGCAAUUUGAUUAUCAUAGUACUAAAUUCAUAUAUGUAUGAUAUUUUUUUU